AGCUUUGCUUCCUCCUACAAACCUAUAUUAGCGUCCCAUAACCCAGCCACCAUGUCCAUCGAAGAGCUCUCCAUCAACGACAACGCUUCCAACUCGGUCUCGGUCGAGCUGAGCAAGAACGAGAAGAAGUCUCGAAAGGCGCUCGAGGGUCUCGGUCUGAAGAAGGUCGAGGGUAUCACCAGGGUUACCUUGAGGAGGCCCCGAGGAGUCCUCAUGGUCGUCGCCAACCCCGAGGUCUACAAGUCUCCUUACACCGACUGCUACAUCGUCUUCGGCGAGGCCAAGCUCGAGGACAACUCCUCUGCCGCCCAGAUCGCUGCCGCUCAACAGGUCGCCGCUUCCCAGCAGGCCGCUCAGGCUUCGUUGGCUUCCGGUGGAUUCGGACCUGACCACCCUCAGACUUUGGAGGACUUGUUGAGGGAGGCCGAGGCUGGUGAAGACGGUGCCCCCGAGCUCGUCUCAUCGGACGACAAGAAGGACGACAAGCCGGCGAGUUCGGACGUCGAGCCGGACGAGAAGGACAUCAAGCUCGUCAUGGAGCAAGCUAGCGUCGAGAGGGAAAAGGCCGUCAAGGCCAUCAAGGAGGCUGAUGGUGAUCUCAUCAACGCCAGUGAGUCUGAGUUUUAAUCUACAGUACCGAGCUAGGUUGGUUUGACGGAAUGGGAUGCUGAUCUGGUACGGUUCGUCCGUGAUGUGUUUUGUAUGUGUGAUUAGUCGUCGCUGCCCAGUCUUAAAAAAGAGAUCAAGAUAGUAGUAGAUGGUCUUAGCGAUUCCCCGAGGAUAAUGAGAAGAAUAUGAAUCAAUACCUUCUUGCCGAUCGAUUUCUCCUCAUACAGAGCAGGGUUGCAUGAGUUGCGCGACCUAGUGAC